AUGGUGCAUGUGUCGAAACCGCUCGUGAUCGCCGGCGUCUGCGCCGUAACGGCCGCCGCUCUUCUCGUCUAUGCACUCACUCGCAAGAGCAGCUCUAGCAAAGAGAAGAAGACCAAACAAGAAGACGGUGUUCGCGAAGUGCCGAAUUUGCACAAAGAGCAGCUGCUCAGUAUCCUCGAGACUAUUUGCACACAAAUGGGUCAAGUUGUGAUGCAAUUGGCCAAACUCGAAGCCAAAAUCCGUCAGGAGUCGUCGCAAAGCGGACGCUCGCUACCUGAGGACCAGCUGGCGUCGUACCUAAUGGGUCAGUUCGAAGAGGCCAUGAAGGCCAUUGAGUCACAAGUGUACGCCAAGUUCCAGACCACAGAGGAGGAGGUGAAGAUGGCCACCGAGUACUUUGAGGAGGACGAUGACAAGGACGUGGCCAAUGCCGUGGCCAAGCUCCAGGAGCUUUACCGCGUCAUGACGGGUGGUGGCUUCAGUGAUGUGGAGGUCCCUGCUGAGCUCACGCUCACGAAGUUUAUCGAGAUCAUGCAGGAGACUAUGGAGUCGCUGAACGUAGCCAUGGAGCUGGUCUGUCUCGAGGUGAAGGAGCUCAAUCCAGACAACAAGGAAGAGGCGAUCAACCAGAGAUAUGUAAAGCGCGCCGACAAUUUGUCGGCGGAGAUCCAUGCCAAGCACGGACUCACGCGUGAGGUGCUCCAGGCUGCUAUGAUGAAGUACCAGCAAGAACCAGCUUUCUUGAUGGCCAUGACGGAGCUUCAGCAGCAGCAGGCGGAGCGUUUUGCGGCGGCCGCCGCCGUCUUCAAUGGAGAGGUGAACAUGGGUCUGACUGAAUAA